CUCUGGGUAUUUCUAUUCCGUGUGAGUUAUGGGCAUCUCUUUCCUUGUGGAGCUGGCUGUCACUCUCUCUCUCCCCUUGGGAUAUCCGUCUGUCUCCACGUCCACCCCCCCUUUCCAUUCCGAAUUCCCCUCGAGCCCCGGAGCGCGUGCGCGGUGGUGGGCAGGGGUUAGGACCCGUUUCCCAGAGUGGAGAGACCACGUUUGUGCUGCGGGAUGAGGAGCUCGGGGAAGGCGGGUCUGACGGGUCUGACACUGUAUCCGGCCUCUCCGCAGCCUUGGGGCGGGCGGCCCAUGGAGCCGGGGCUGCUGCGGCCGGCGCCGGUGAGCGAGAUCAUCGUCCUGCACUACAACUACACGGGCAAGCUCCGCGGGGCGCGCUACCAGCCCGGCGCGGGACUGCGCGCCGAUGCCGUCGUGUGCCUGGCGGUGUGCGCGCUCAUCGUGCUGGAGAACCUGGCGGUGCUGUUGGUGCUGGGGCGCCACCCGCGCUUCCACGCGCCCAUGUUCCUGCUGCUGGGCAGUCUCACGCUCUCUGACCUGCUGGCUGGUGCCGCCUACGCCGCCAACAUCCUGCUCUCCGGUCGCCUGGACGCCUGCUCCACCGUCCUGCCUCUCUACGCCAAGGCCUACGUGCUCUUCUGUGUGCUCGCCUUCCUUGGCAUCCUGGCGGCCAUCUGUGCUCUCUACGCGCGCAUUUACUUCCAGGUGCGCGCCAACGCGCGGCGCCUCCGGGCAAGGCCCGGGACUAGCCGGGGCACCUCGACCCGGGCGCGCCGCACGCCGCGCUCCCUGGCGCUACUGCGCACGCUCAGCGUGGUGCUCCUGGCCUUCGUGGCGUGUUGGGGUCCCCUCUUCCUGCUGCUGUUGCUCGACGUGGCGUGCCCUGCGCGCGCUUGUCCCGUGCUCCUGCAGGCGGAUCCCUUCCUGGGCCUGGCCAUGGCCAACUCGCUUCUCAACCCCAUCAUCUACACGCUCACCAACCGCGACCUGCGCCACGCGCUCCUGCGCCUGGUGUGUUGCGGCCGCCGCCCCUGCUGCCGAAGGCAGGAAGGCCCCCAGCGCUCCGGGAGCGCAGCUGGGGCUUCAGGGGGCCUGCGGCGCUGCCUGCCCCUGGGCCUGGACGGCAGCUCCAGUCCCUCCGAACGCUCCUCGCCCCAGCGGGACGGGCUUGACACCAGCGGCUCCACCGGCAGCCCUGUUGCGCCCACGGCCGCCCGGACCCUGGUACCGGAACCAGCUGCAGACUGACGCCCUCGGCCCGCUACUGCCUUUCCCCCCAGAGCUGCUUUGCAGACUUUUUCUCUUAAAAUAAAAAGGGAUUUGUAGAAAAACGCAGCCAAAGAUGGUGAAGACGGAAAACACAUAGGGGGGAUGUAUUUAUUGACAUUGAGCCCCACGAUAGUGAACAAACGACCGAAAUCUUUGCAGUCAUGAAACUGACGUUCGGGGGCGGGAGUGGGGGGCGGAGAUAACUCCGGGGACAAUAUUGAUGCCACAGUGGUCAGGGAAGGCCAUGGGAGCUGAGGCAUCACUGUCCUGGGAACACGCGAAGGAAGGGCAUUGCAGGAUGAGGGAACCGGGAGAGCAAAGGCUCUGAGGCUGGAAGGCAAGGAUGCUCUUGUGGCUGGAGCAGUGAUGAAGGGGCAAAGUGAGAGGGGACAAGGGCAGGCAUGGGGGACAGAUCGAGCUGCAGGGGCUGAGAGGUUGACUUUGCUUUUGCUCGGAGAGAAGCGGGAGCCACGGGAGCCACGGUUCUAGGCAGAGGAUGGACUUGUCCUGAUUCAGGGGUUCACUAGCAGGGUAGGGCCUCUAAUGGAGCGUGAGAGUGGAAGGCAGAAGAGGUGAAAAUGGCUUCACUGGCCUGGAAGAGUGAUGAUGGGACCUUUUGGCCAUGCUCAGGCCAAAUGAACGUCUGGCUAGAUUUCAGAGACACCGCACAGAGAGUCACGGAGGAAUUGAGGGGAAAGAAAGUUGUCCAGGGCAGGGCACCCCCAUAUCUGACUCUAGGAGUCACAGUGGUGUCAGAUUCUUUUUUAAAAAGUAAAAAAUAAAAAUAGAAUAAAGUUCUAAAAGCCAUUACAGUCUAUUGUGCCUGUUGGACCCACCCUCCCUAGAAUAGGCUUGGGAACCACAUUUUUCUCACCCUGGGACCCACAUUUUUCUCACCCUGGGACCCACAUUUUUCUCACCCAAAUCUUGCAAGGCAGACUUUCUAAACUACGAACAGGGAGUCCAGAUACUAGCCCAGACUGUCAGUCUCCCGGGCCAAGGGGUCUGGCAAGUCCCAGCCAGCACUGCCUCCUCCGAGGGUCUGCAUUC